UUGUAAAUAAUCUUUCUCUUCACCAAAUAUCUCAUGACAAUCUAAAAAAAACAUUACAUACUAAAGUUUUUACGAAGGCAUGUUAGAUAGAAGUCUUUUAUGUUUUCAAUUAAAACUCCUCAUAAUGAAGAAAAAUUGACAAGACAAAAUUGAUUUAAUUUUAAAUAAUGGUGCAGCGUGCUGGUACUUUCUUAUAAAUUUUACCUUCUUCCCCUGUUAUUAUUAUUAUUAACAAUCAACCUACAGACAAAGUACAAUUAAAACAGGGCUGAGCUCAUCCACUUAUACCCUGGUCUAUAUGGGAUCUAGUGGUUCAGCCUGAAUUUUCUUAGGAUUCAGUGUGUAUGCCAGAAAAGCAUGGAUACUAGGUGAUAAAUAAAGGGGUGCUUCAAAAGCACUUACAGAAUACGGUACACACCUUCACAGAGUUUGUUUAUUUGAGAAUUAUUAUAAAUUUGACCUUCUUCCCCUUUAGUAAACACGAAUUACACAAAAAUGUUAUCAUGCCAUUUAGAUUAAUAUUAAAUAUUAUAUUGACAGUAAAUAGAACUAUAAGAUGUUAAAAUAAGUAAAAAGCAGAAAACGUGAAAUAAUAUUGAAAACAAAGCCUAAUGCGCUGCACAGUAUGAAAGUAUUAAAGAGUUUCAAAGGAUAAUUAACUUGUUAACCGUCAUUUCAUGAAAUUAGAAUAUAAAAUCCGGAUUAUCCAUUAUUUCAUGGAAAUAAAAUAUAAAAUCCGGAUUAUCCAUUAUUUGUUUCAUCCCCUAAAUCUAAAUACCUAUUGAAGUUUUAUUUAUAUCUGUAAAAAAUACUGUCUAUUUCUAUGAUAUACAUCUGUAAUAUUAAAAAAGAUUUCAAAGCUAAAAUUAAUGCGUCUUUGCUGGAAUGGCGUUGUGAUCUCGUAGCUUCUUUAGUUUUAGUUUUGAUUUUACGCAAAGUAUGAGAGAAUCAAAUUUAUCCGGUUGCACAAUAGAAAUUCAAACAUUUUUAAUCGUCUCAAUAGCUCUUUGGAGGAGUUAUACUUACUGAGAUAUAUUAGAUUUUAAUUUUAAUUUUACAUUAUUGUAGUUUAAAUAGUAUUAAAGCAAUUUUACUAGAAGAAUGUCAAAAGUCAAAUGAUCAAAUAGAAAACUCUGGGUUGGAUCGCAAACAACUGAUCAAUGAUUGUACUAUUGCUAAGCUAGAAAAUGCUAUAUUUUAACAUCUAAAAACUGUUUAAAAUGCAUGAUAAAAUGAAAAUAAGCAUACAAAUUAGGGGUAAAUGGAUUAAGCAAACGAAAAAAAUGAAUGAAACAGUCAUCUACUUGGAAAUAACAAAAACUAACAUUACACUUAAAAAAUUUAAAAACUUUCAGAUAGAGAAUGAGUAGUUUGAAAACUGUUGCUGAAGUAUACUUGCAGAAUUUAGGACCUGGUCAAAGAGGAUUACUUAUCACUCUCUUAGUUUACCUGGUAAGCUUGAUAUCUGAAUAUGAGGGGUAUAAUGAUGAUAAUAAGGAGAGUGGGAGAGGGUAUCUUAGUGAGAAGAACAACUUCUUAAACCAGUACCUGGUCAAGCUAGGCUGGGGCUGGACUUUUACCUUAGUUGGAGUGUGGAGAGUUCUGGUGAAUUAUAAUCAAAAACCUAAACAGAGUUUAUUAACAUUCAGUUGUAUCAUUCAUCUUGCUGCAGGAACUGCAGUUUGGUUUCUAUUUGUUGUCAUCAUAUUCCCUUACAUAGAGAAUAGCACGGGGGUAUGCAGGGUCUCAAGUUUUCUUAACAAAAGAGACUGUUUUAAAGCCGGAUACUGGUGGACCGGGUUUGAUACUUCCGGACACUGUUUCCUGCUUCUCUGGAAUAUUCUUUUUAUUGCAGAAGAGACGAAAGUUUUCACUUUUCUCAAAUCUGCAAGGUUAAAGAACAAAGAAGGAGUGCGGUCGGACUUAAUCUCAGAGGGCCCUGUUAGCUGGUUUUCCUUGCUAGAAAUACAGUUGUUAGUACUUAGUGCAUUAAACCUGGUUUGGGAAAUUAUGAUCCUAGCCACAGCGUUCUACUUUCAUUCGCCAGGUGAGAAAGUUGGUGGUUGUCUGUGUGCUCUUUUCUCCUGGUUUAUUGUCUACAGGAUUGCUGGAUUAGGGAAGCAAAACAGCUCUCAGCUUUGAAGUUUGGGAUUUCUUAGUCGAUAACUCGAAGACUCUGAAGCAGUGUCGAAAAAUAUAAAUUUUGCAUUUGAAAUUUUAUUGUUUAACAUUCAGAAUGUGCCCUUCUUGUAGCAUUGGGCAGGAAAUGUAAUUUGUUACAUUUAAUAGUCUAGAACUCAAAUUCCAAAAUUUUGCAUUUAUUAUACAAUGUAGGAUUUACCUUGACACAACACACGAACCGUUAGCCUUUAUUUCGCCGAUUUAUCAGGGUAUUAAUAAAAAAUUUUAAUCAUCAUUUUAGCCCUUAAUUAUCUACAGGGUACCCAAAAAUGAUGAGUUAGUAUGAAAUAUUUUUUCUUACAUUUACAUGAUGGUUCUGCACAUUAUUUAAGCUUCAAAUCGUUAACUUGAAAUAGUUUCAGGUGGUCAGG